CGAAAGAUUAUGUUUACAUUUUUAAACAUGAAUAUUGAAACUUUAUCUCAUUUUGUGAAAUUUAAAGUAAUAACUGACCAAUAAGAUCAUCAGACAGCAGUUAGUUCGUUCAAUUUAGUGUUCCUGUCUUCCCAGCACUGAUUCACCACUAAAAGAAUUAAACUUCAUUCAAAUGUGCAAUAUGUGGUUUCUACCACCAAAAAUGUUAUUUUUACUGUUUGUUAUUCAUAAAGUAUUAGCACAACGAGUAAUCGAAACUGCAUUAGGUAAAAUCGAAGGAAAGACAAUUUCUACCCCCCAGGGAAAGAAAAUAGAUGUUUUCUAUGGUAUUCCAUAUGCACAGCCUCCUAUCGGAAAUCUGAGAUUUCGUUAUCCUGUACCAAUUUCUCCGUGGAACGGUACAUUGAAAGCUGAUGUAAAACCACAUUCUUGUUGGCAAACUUUGGAUACGGUAUUCGGUAAAUUUGAAGGAUCGGAUAUGUGGAAUGCUAAUACAGACAUGAAUGAAGAUUGCUUGAAACUUAACAUCUGGAUACCACAUCCUUAUCCAACUUCCUCGGCAGUUUUAGUAUGGAUUUAUGGAGGCGGAUUUUAUUCAGGAACAUCCACAUUGGAUGUAUACAAUGGUGAAAUUUUAGCUGCAGAGGGAGAUAUUAUUAUAAUAUCUUUUAAUUAUCGAGUUGGCCCAUUUGGAUUUUUAUAUUUUGGAACUUCUGAUGCUCCGGGAAAUGCUGGAAUGUUCGACAUGAUUGAAUCAUUAAAAUGGAUUCGUAAUAAUAUAAAAAGUUUUGGUGGUGAUCCUAACAGAAUCACCUUAUUUGGUGAAAGUGCAGGAGCUGUGGCUGUCAAUUUACUUCAACUGUCUUGUCAUAGCCGACAUCUGUUUCAAAAUGCUAUUUUACAAAGCGGGUCAGCAUCAUCAUCAUGGGCUGUUGCAAGUCCCGUUAGAAUGAAAGAUAUCGGAUUUAAAUUUGCAUCAUCUUUGAAAUGUCAUAGAAACAAAAACAAACUUACAGAAUUGGUACAGUGUUUACGAAAUAAAACUGCUUCACAGAUUCUUGAAGUGGUUCUUGAUGUCCAAGAACUAGUAGAAUUUGCAUUCGUUCCUGUAAUUGAUGGAGAUUUUUUAGAGAAAACUCCGUUAGAAUAUAUAUCAAGUGGUGAUUUUAAGGAAGGACCAAUACUUGCUGGAAUUAACGCAGAAGAAGGCUCUUAUUUCCUAAUUUAUUCAUUUGGUGAAUUAUUGCCGAUGAAAGAUGAAGUUACGCUUUCAAAAGAACAAUUUCUUAGCCUUUUACCUAAAAUUCGUCACAGUUUUGAUAACAUUACCGAAAUACUUGAAUUUAAAUACAAGAAUGAAUCUAAUACUUAUGUGGACGCGUUAGAUAAAUUAGUCGGAGAUUUAUACUUUACCUGUCCAGUAAAUGAGUUAAUGAAUGGCUUUGCAAACGCUAAUUUAUCCAAUUUAUAUAUGUAUCUCUUCACACAUAGAUCAUCUAAAAAUCCUUGGCCAAAAUGGAUGGGAGUCAUGCACGGCGAUGAAAUUCCUUAUGUUUUUGGACAGCCUUUUUUGAAUGAAAAUUACACAGAUGAAGAAAAAGAUUUGAGUCUUGCAAUGAUAAAAUAUUGGAGUAAUUUUGCUAAAACAGGGAAUGUAAAUUCACCGCAAAAAAUAGAAGUAAAUUGGCCUUCAUAUAAAAUACCCGAUAAAAAAUAUCUAACAUUAGGUCCUGGACGUACGGUCGGGGAAAAAUGGAGAGAAUCAUUUUGUGAUUUCUUGAAGACCAUAUAAACUGUUUAAUGAUUUUAUAUCAAUAUUAAGCAUAGUACUUAUAAAUUUUUGUAUUAUUAACU